GACGGUUCCCCAAAUUGAAAUCGCAAACGCAGAGUCGGCUCUUUCAAAUUCCCUCUUUAUCGUCGAAGUUCUUGGACCGAAAUUGGGAAAAUGAGGGAAUUGAAUGAUUAAUUGAAGGGAAAAAGAAAAAAAACAAGAAGAUGAGCGUCGUAGAUAAAGAAAGCAUCGAAGUGAUCGCGCAAAGUAUCGGCGUUGGAAAUUUGUCGCCGGAUGUCUUGCCUUCUCUAGCCGCCGACAUCGAAUACCGUGUUCGCGAGAUUAUGCAGGAGGCUAUAAAAUGUAUGCGGCAUGCAAAGCGAACUGCUAUGACUUCAGAUGAUGUGGAUACCGCCCUUGAUCUAAGAAAAAUGGAGCCAAUAUAUGUUGCAUCUGGAAAUUCUUUGCGAUUCAAAAGAGCUGCCAGACAUAAAGAUUUAUUUUACCUUGAUGACAAGGAUGUAGAAUUUAGAGAGGUUAUUGAAGCCCCCCUCCCAAAAGCACCUUUAGAUACUGCAGUUGUGAACCACUGGUUGGCUAUCGAAGGCGUACAACCUGCUAUUCCCGAGAAUCCUCCACUAGAAGCACUUUUGACUCCAGUUGAUAAUAAGAACAAAGAAGAUGGGAUUGGGACUGGGGACAAUAAUAAUAAAAGUCCUGUGAAACAUGUGCUGUCAAUAGAGCUUCAGCUUUACUUUGAAAAGAUCACAGACCUGACUGUAACCCGGUCAAACUCAGUCAUCUUUAAGAAAGCACUGUUGAGUUUGGCGAGGGAUGCAGGACUCCAUCCUUUGGUUCCUUAUUUCAUAUAUUUUGUUGCUGAAGAGGUGACCCGUAAUUUGAACAACUUCCAGCUUCUUUUUGCUUUGAUGAGGCUUGUGCGGAGUCUUGUACAGAAUCCACACCUGCACAUGGAACCGUAUCUGAUCCAGCUCAUGCCAUCCGUGAUGACGUGUCUUGUUGCAAAAACCCUAAAUAAUAAUAACCACUGGGAACUCAGAAACUUUACAGCCAACCUGGUGGCUUCAAUAUGCAGAAGGUUUGGGCAUGGGUAUCAUAAUCUUCAGUUACGUGUCACCAGGACACUUGUUGAUGCUUUCAUGGACCCUGCAAAAGCAUUGACCCAACAUUAUGGUGCUAUCAAAGGGAUUACUGCCCUUGGCUCAAGCGUGCUUAAGAUGAUUCCCAAUCUGCUUUCUCCACCAACACAUACCAUUAAUGGAAAACUCCUCAAUCCAACAAAUAAACGCAAGGCGGGAAUGAUGGAACAGGCAGUUAAAAAGGCGGCAACAGGUGAGAGUUUGGUGAAGGUGGAGAUGCAAGGGGGUGGAAGUGGAUUUUCAAUAACUCGAGGGGGGUCUUCUGAUGUAUUACCAACAAGGUUUAUGGGUAAUGAGAAUAUCCCGGGGAGCAGUACCAGUGCAGGUAUGAGGAGGGAUAGGUUUGGUGCUAAUAUACAAACAUCAUCACUUGCUGUGUCACGUGCGUGGAAGAAGGAAGUAAAUGCUGGACAUUUGCUUCCAAAACUAUUUCAUCUUUUUGGUGAAAGCAUGCUUCCCUUUGUACCUUCCCCAGAAUUGUGUAAUAUAUUCAUAUGAUUGUAAAUUCAUAA